AUGGAGACAUUAAGCAAUUUACUUGGCUUGGAGUGGAUGGAUGGCAAGAGUAUUUUGAUAUUUCUCUUUCUUUUUCUGUUGUUGACUGAUUUUUGGAAGAACAGGGUGCCGACAAACUUUCCUCCUGGACCCUGGUCUUUUCCUUUGAUUGGUGACCUUCCUCGCAUCAACCCCACCAAAGUCCACCUGCAGUUCAAGGAGUUUGCAGAGAAAUAUGGAAACAUUUUCAGCCUUCGUGUCUUUGGUGGAAGGAUUGUGGUCAUUAAUAGCUACAAGUUUGUGAGAGAGGCCUUGGUCCAAAAAGGAGAGAACUUCGUAGAUCGCCCCGUCAUACCAAUUGUGGCUGAAAUAUUUGGGAAUAGAGGUCUGGCGUUAUCCAAUGGCAAUUCAUGGAAGCAGCAGAGAAGAUUUGCUCUUCACACACUCAAAACCUUUGGUCUUGGAAAAAGGAGCCUGGAGCCAUACAUCCAGCAGGAGUGCCAAUAUCUCACUGAGGCUUUUGCCCUUCACCAAGGCAAACCUUUCCAAACCCUGUCUCUGAUAAACAGUGCUGUGUCAAAUGUCAUCAGCUGCCUGGUCUUUGGGGAACGCUUUGAGUACAGUGACAAGCAGUACCAGAGUAUUCUUCAAACCUUCAAUGAGAUGAUGGUCUUGCUGGGAAGUUUGUCAGUACAGCUUUAUAACACAUUCCCCUGGCUGAUAAAGUGGCUGCCUGGACCUCACCAAAGGAUGUUCCCUCUGACACAAAAGUUGAUGGACUUUGCAGAAAUCAAGAUAAAGGAACACAGAGAAAGCCUUGACCCCUCCUCACCCAGAGACUACAUCGACUGCUUCCUCACAGAGAUGGAAGAGAAGGAGGACAAAGAGUCUGGCUUUGAUAUCAAGAAUUUGUGUUUUUGCACUAUGGACCUGUUUGGUGCUGGAACUGAAACUACAACCACAACUUUACGAUGGGGGCUGUCAUACAUGAUCUACUAUCCCGACAUACAAGAGAGAGUCCAGGCUGAGAUAGAUGCUGUCAUUGGUUCGUCCAGGCAGCCCUCUCUGGCUGACAGAGAAAACAUGCCCUAUUGUAAUGCUGUCAUCCAUGAAAUCCAGAGAAUGGGCAACAUUCUUCCCCUUAAUAUGGUCCGCAUGGCAAUCAAGGACACUGUGAUCAACAACUUCACAAUCCCAAAGGGCACCAUGAUCAUGCCCACACUGGACUCGGUUCUUCAUGAUGAGUCGAUGUGGGAAACUCCACACUCCUUCAACCCUCAUCAUUUUCUGGACCAGAACGGGAAAUUUAGGAAGAGAGAGGCCUUCAUUCCAUUUUCAGCAGGGAAACGCAUGUGUCUCGGGGAGCAGCUGGCCAAGAUGGAGUUAUUCCUCUUCUUUACCUCCCUCCUUCAGAGGUUUUCUUUCUCUGCAGCUCCUGGAGAGCAGCCCUCUCUGGAGUACGAGUUACGAAGUAGUCGCACGCCCAAACCUUGCUGCCUCUGUGCCGUACCGCGAUAA